UGAAAUAUUUUUUAAAGUUAUCUGACACGUGACCACAGCUUCUUCCUCUUUCAUGACUUGUCUUCUGGUCUGCAUUUCACCAUGUUGAGAGCUUUGCUGGUUUCAAGCAGGCCAUUACUAGCACGUUUGCGCAUCUCUACCCUUCCUCACAUACACAAUUUCACACCUGCAAUCCCAUCACUGGCCACGAAUGCAAUACCAUCUACAGCGCGUGGAAUGAAAGUGAGGUCAUCGGUGAAGGUCAUGUGUGACGGGUGCAGCGUUGUGAAGCGAAAAGGCAGAGUGUACGUCGUGUGUUCGAAAAAUCCGAAACAUAAGCAGGUGUGUGAUUGAUCUUAUCCUCAUCUCGACCUUCGUUGACUCUCGUAUAGCGUCAAGGAUAAUCAUCGUCGACCCUGCGUUUUUUUGAAUCCCGUAC